UAAAGCUUUGCUAAGUGUCUGGGCAGAAAAAAAUAUACGAAAACAACUUUAUGGAACACUAAGAAAUAAAGGAAUAUUUAUUUACAUUGCUAAAAGGCUGCAAUCAUUAGGAGUAUACAGAGACUGGAAACAGUGCCGGGCUAAGUACAAAAAUCUCAAAUAUGAAUACAGAACAGUUAAAUAUGCCCAUAACUCUGGAGACAGCUCUAAAACUAUGAAGUUUUUCCACGAUUUGGAUGUAAUCCUGCAGUAUGAACCUGCCACACAAUUUACAGAGGAAGAUGCAAAUGGCAGGUACCUGGAAACGCUCAGCCCAAGUACAGCCCCAGAGACCACUAAAAGUAAAAUGUCAAUUGCAUCAGAAGAUAAGGAAGAUGUCUCAGGAAAUCCUUUACUUCUGGUUUCUCAUGUCAGACCAAUGGAACUAGAAUUAUUUGAAGGUCAUAACAAAAGCCAAGGAACUUUGAGCUUCAAGAGAAAAGCACAUGAAGAUGAACCAGUGUCUAAAUCUCUUAAGAAAAGUGCUCCUGAGAUCAUUACAAAUCAGUUUCCUCAAAGCAUAAUAACAGAACCAAAAGAUUCUACAGAAUGUUUCUGCAGACAGGAAACCCAACUUCAUCAGAGUUCUGCCUUGCUUCCCGGCGCGGUCGCAGUCUUCAGCCCACUCAGGAUAAUGGCGACAGCUGAGGUACUGAACAUUGGUAAAAAAUUGUAUGAAGGUAAAACAAAAGAAGUCUACGAAUUGUUAGACAGCCCAGGACAAGUCCUCCUGCAGUCCAAGGACCAGAUUACAGCAGGAAAUGCAGCCAGAAAGAAUCACCUGGAAGGAAAAGCUGCAAUCUCAAAUAAAAUCACAAGUUGUAUUUUUCAGUUGUUACAGGAAGCAGGUAUUAAAACUGCCUUCACCAGAAAAUGUGGGGAGACAGCUUUCAUUGCACCCCAGUGUGAAAUGAUUCCAAUUGAAUGGGUUUGCAGAAGAAUAGCAACUGGUUCUUUUCUCAAAAGAAAUCCUGGUGUCAAGGAAGGAUAUAAGUUUUACCCACCUAAAGUGGAGCUGUUUUUCAAGGAUGAUGCCAAUAAUGACCCACAGUGGUCUGAGGAACAGCUGAUUGCUGCAAAACUUUGCUUCGCUGGACUUGUUAUAGGCCAAACUGAAGUGGAUAUCAUGAGUCAUGCUACACAGGCUAUAUUUGAAAUACUGGAGAAAUCCUGGUUGCCCCAGAAUUGUACACUGGUUGAUAUGAAGAUUGAAUUUGGUGUUGAUGUAACCACCAAAGAAAUUGUUCUUGCUGAUGUUAUUGACAAUGAUUCCUGGAGACUCUGGCCAUCAGGAGAUCGAAGCCAACAGAAAGACAAACAGUCUUAUCGGGACCUCAAAGAAGUAACUCCUGAAGGGCUCCAAAUGGUAAAGAAAAACUUUGAGUGGGUUGCAGAGAGAGUAGAGUUGCUUUUGAAAUCAGAAAGUCAGUGCAGGGUUGUAGUGUUGAUGGGCUCUACUUCUGAUCUUGGUCACUGUGAAAAAAUCAAGAAGGCCUGUGGAAAUUUUGGCAUUCCAUGUGAACUUCGAAUAACAUCUGCGCAUAAAGGACCAGAUGAAACCCUGAGGAUUAAAGCUGAGUAUGAAGGGGAUGGCAUUCCUACUGUAUUUGUGGCAGUGGCAGGCAGAAGUAAUGGUUUGGGACCAGUGAUGUCUGGGAACACUGCAUAUCCAGUUAUCAGCUGUCCUCCCCUCACACCAGACUGGGGAGCUCAGGAUGUGUGGUCUUCUCUUCGACUGCCCAGUGGUCUUGGCUGUUCAACCAUACUUUCUCCAGAAGGAUCAGCUCAAUUUGCUGCUCAGAUAUUUGGAUUAAACAACCAUUUGGUAUGGAGCAAACUGCGAGCAAGCAUUUUGAACACAUGGAUUUCCUUGAAGCAGGCUGACAAGAAAAUCAGAGAAUGCCAUUGAAUUUUUUAGGGGAAAAACUACAAAGUUCUAAUUUAGCUGAAGGAAAAUCAAGCAAAAUGAAAAGGUAAUUUUAAAUUAGAGAACACAAAAUAUAUUAGUGAAUAAAUGCUUUUCUAGAUCCAUAUUAAUAAAUAUGAACACCUAACCUCUCCUUUCUUAGGUUAGACACCAAGAUAUUUCAGCCAGCCUUUAUCAUUCCUCUUAUUUUAUCCUUUUUUCCUUAAGUAUUGGUGGUCACUACUAUUGAGUUUCUUCCUUAACACUGAUUGAAUAAUCUUAACUCCCUCAGCUAAAACUGGCAUUACUGACUCCCAGCUAUGUUUUUCCAGACUUGUAUUUUCUUUUUUUUUUUUUUCGAGACAGGGUCUUACUGUUGCCCAGGCUGGAGUGCAGUGGCGUGAUCUCAGUUCACUGCUGCCUUCCCUCCUGGGCUCAAGCAGUUCUCCCACCUCAGCCUCUCGAGUAACAGAGACUAUAAUCUUGCAGCUCCAUGCCGAGCUAAUUCUAUUUUUUGUAGAGAUGGGGUCUCACUAUGUCACCCAGGUUGGUCUCAAACUCCUGGACCCAAGUAAUUCUCCUAUCUCAGCCUCCCAAAGUGCUAGGGUUACAGGCAUGAGCCACUGUGCCUGGCUAGACUUAUACUUUCAACUGUCCAUUUCUCCCUGUACCUCCCAUGGGCACUCUCAUAAAAAACAGAAUGCUCCCAACUUUAUUCAUCUUCCAAGCCUGAAACUCUUGGUAUGCUCACUGCUGCCAAGUCAGAAGCUUGAUUUCAUCAUUGAUGUUUUUUUCACAUUUCACAUCUCACUCAUCAAGUCAUGUUGGUGUUAAUUUCUAAUUAACCCUUGAAAUUGCCGUUUUCUCAUCCUCUGCACAAAAGCCUCAAGUGAGGGUCAAAUUCAACAUUAUCCUGAUCUAGACAGUCCCCAUUCUCAAUCUACCCUUUUCCAAGUUGAUUGCCCAAGGACUUCUAACAUAAUAAACUCUUUAACUCUUUUGCACCACAGACUUCUUUGGAAAUAUAUAUGCUGUUGACUCUCUCUGUAGAAAACUGCACACAUAAAACUUACCAACAGAUGUCAUUGGUUCUUGGGUUCUCCCGAAGCCUAUCCAUGGUUUAUAGAUUAAGAAUUGACGAGGUAGCUGGGCGCAGUGGCUCACACCUAUGAUCACAGCACUUUGGGAGGCUGAAGCAAGCAGAUCACUUGAGGUCAGGAGUUUGAGACCAGCCUGGCCAACAUGGUGAAACCCUGUCUCUAUUAAAAAUACAAAAAUUAGCCAGCCGUGAUGGCAGGCACCUGUAAUCUCAGCUACUCGGGAAGCUGAAGCAUGAGAAUUGCUUGAACCCGGGAGGCGGAGGUUGCAGUGAGCCUAGAUCACACCACUGCGCUCCAACCUGGGCAACAGAGCGAGACUCCGUCUCAAAAGGGAAAAAAAAAAAUUGCUGAUGUGACCCAUGAAGGGAAGUCAUUUUCCUCGUAAUUUCUGGACUGCCACACAUAGGUAUCUUUAGUUCUUCGAAGGCCCACAUUUUUAUCAUUUAAGACCUAUUUGUUACUAAGUAGAGCUUUAUCUUCAAUGUCUCCAUGAAACCUUCUGUAACCACAGUGACUACAAGUAGUUCUUUCUCUAUUGAAUUUUAGGUCCAGAAUAGAAGAUGUCAUUGUAUACUUUACUUCCCUCACACUGUGUUACACUCUGAUGUGCUAUGCUUAGCUAUCUGCCAGAGAUUAGUAAAUUAUAAAACUCAUGUGUACUACUUAAGUUUGUAUCUUAUGCUAGUUUAUAAGAACAAUUAAAAGGACUUAGAAGAUUAA